AUGCCCAUCUCCUCCCUCGCACCGCCACCUCCCGAUAUUCCCGGUCCCUCUUCUGCAUCUUCACAUUCGCGCUCCCACUCAGUAUCCGCUUCAGUCUCCACAUCAACUCACUCUCAUGCUCAAAGCAACCCCUCUACCUCCUCUCUUCCACCAUUGCCCCCCUCUCCAGAAACCACCCGUCAAAUAGCUGAAGCGCGCACUGCUCUCAAUGCAUCCAUCCAAAAUAUUUUCACGCCUCACGAACAUGCGCUGAAACUUCGAGCGCAAAAUCUCCAUCAAAAUAGCAGCGCAUUGACGAAACAGGAAAACGAAUUGAAGAAAGAGAUUGGGAAGCUAGGGAAAGAGGGGGAUAAAUUGGAAAAAGUUGUUAGGGAGGGACAAAGGAAGGUGAAGGAAUUGGGGAAUGUACAGAAUUGGGCGGAGGUGCUAGAGAGGGAUUUUUUAGUCGUGGAGGAGGUCUUGAGGUUGGUUGAUGGGGAGAGUGAGGGAUGGAGCGGGAGUGAAAGUGAUUGGAGUGAGUAUGAGGGAAACGAAGGAGGUGAAAGAGAGGGAAGUGUAGGUUCGAAUGAGAGUGAUGGAAGGACUGGGGAGAAUGUCGAUACGCAUAUGACCGAUGCAAAUGCACAUGGCAAUACUUCUGCACAUGAAACAAAUGGUACCCACCCCAAUGGCAUUGGACAAGACAAGGGGAAAGGAAAAGAAGGAGAAAGUGGAAGUAUGGAACAUAUGGAGGCCAUGGAUACCGAGGAGUCUUCUACAUCAACGAAUGUAUCCAGGUCUGAGCCGUCCUCUAGUUCCAUCCGAACUUCGGCUUCGGGGAUGAGUUGA